CUUACAGUUGCAUGACCAGACAGACAGACGGGUGGCCAGGCAUAGAUGGGCAGAUGGACAGACGGCUGGACUGGCAGGCGGAUAAACGGACAGACUGGCUGACGGACAGGCGGACAGCCAGCUGGACGGACAGCCAGGACGAGAGGCGGACGGACGGACGGACAGCACCCAGGCCACUCCAUUUAACGACGCCCAGAGGCCGGAGCCAGCCCAUCCCACCCCAGCAGCCGUGGGGACAACCCUCCUCAAACCCACCCACACACACAUGGGGAAAGAGGGUGACCCAGCCAGUCCGUCUGUCCUUCUGUCCAUCCGUCCAUCUGUCCAUCAUGCCGGGCUGGUCUGUUUUCAGGCACGUCGGGAGGAGCGGGGUGGCGUUUUCCUCUGGGACAUCAAAGCGGUAAUCACCCGUGGGGCCGGGGAGACACCCACGGCCGCGCUCGUCCCGCUUGCCGCUUGGACCCGUCGCCCAACCGCCCUUGAGUCACCCCGGUGGAGACACAACCUACUUUUCGGCCCGGUAUAAAUAUGGCCCAACGACGGGUUCUCGGCUUCCCGACGUGCCAAGCCGGCCCCGUCCUUCUCCUCCAGCAGGAAUGGCUCGUGAUGGACAUGGGGCCUUCAGCUUCACCCCCAUCUUCAUCCUCGUGGUGGGACUGCUGUCCGCCACCCCGCUGCUGGCACAAAACGUGAAGGGGGGUAAUGAAGGCGAUGAGCUGCCGGAGGCGGACGAGUCCCGUAUCAUCGGUGGGAAGCCCUGCUCCAUCACCCAGCGACCUUUCCAGGUUGCCCUCAUCAAGAGGGGACAAAUCCUGUGUGGAGGAAGCUUGAUAGACGCCCAGUGGGUCCUCACAGCCGCCCACUGCAAGCAGCCAGGCAGGGACCUCAGGGUGCUAAUCGGGACAGACACGUUGCGGGACGGCACGGGGGAAGUGAGGAUGAUUUCACGGUCAAUCGUCCACCCGGCCUACAACCCCCGCAAGAACGACAAUGAUUUCAUGCUCCUGAGGCUGAACAGACCCGUGCAGUUUAGCAACAACAUCAAGAAGAUCAGAUUGGCCACGAGGUGUCCCAUGGAUGGGAUGAGGUGCAGCGUGUCUGGCUGGGGCACGACCAAGUCCCCUGGAGCAAAGCUCCCCAGAAAUCUGCAGUGUGCCGGCGUCCAAGCCUUUGGGAAGGACAAGUGCGCGAGGGCGUACGGGAGGUGGAUCACCCCCAACAUGUUCUGUGCUGGCGUCCCCGAGGGGGGCAUCGAUUCCUGCCAGGUAAGAGGUCCCUUCAACCUCCUCCCAUGGGGCCGGGAAAGGUUUGGGUUCCUCCACCAUUAUCU